CUAAAAUGUAAUCCUAAAAUCAGCAAAUGUUUUCCGUAGGACUGCAGGAGACUGUAUUUUCGUUUUGCUCGCAACCUAGGGAAAUCCUAGUGUUUUUCUUUCUUAUUACUCCGGGGUAUUACUCGCAAGGGGAAGUUAGUCUGCCGGCGGCAGAAACCUCCGUCGGAGUUCUACGAUUCCGAUGGACACACUUGUAAAGCUUGAUACUGCAGUACUGCAGCAUCAAAAUCAAAAGCUUUCACAAAAGUUGGAAGUUCAGAAGAUUGAGAUUGCGGGUCUCGAGGAUAAAAUUGCCAAAAAAAGAGAGAAACAAGCACCAUAUGAUAGCACUUUGGAAUUAGUCCAAAUUUCAUGGAAAGAGCUGGUUGAUGAGCUGGAUACACGCACACUUCGCUUAAAGGAUUUAGCUGUUCACCUAAAGGAUUUGACAGAUUGUAAACAGCCAUUGACUGAAGAAGAUGAUUCUUCACCAGCUGGCAAUGAAGCAUUUUUGAAUGCGCUAUUACAAGUGCAUGAAAAUGAUGGAACCUCAGAAGGCAAGAAAAUAGAUGAUGACAAGACAAUCGACGUAGUGUCCAAUGCAAUUGCAGCUCUGGAUGGCCUCUGGCUUAUAAAGGAUAGGUUGUAUACCACACUUCUCAAGUCACUUUCAGAUGAUGGAUCGAUCCCAGCAGAAUCAUCCCAUGAUUUGCUGAUGGAAGUUAAAACCCUAAGACAUGCUGUGAAUGAACUCCACGUGAAGCACAGAACAUUUGCAGGCGUAUUGCAGAGUCGUGGAGACACGGAUGCAAAGAAUGAAGCUGAGCUUAAGCGUGUAAGAGGUGAGUUACAGAAAACAAUUGCUGAUUUGGAAGAGAGUAAUAGAAAGUUGGCAAUUCUAAAAGAAGAGAAAGAGGUCACAAAGGGGACAUUCUUCCCAGUCCUGAGCGUUGUUAAUAAACCUGUAGCUGGUGACAGAGUCAGAGAUAAGCAGAAAGAUAUGCAAGACAUGGAGUCAACCCUAAAAGAGUUGUUGGACCAAUCCUCAUUUCGACUGUUCGAACUCAAUCAUCUUCACCAAGAAAGGAUUGAAAUAUUGAAGGAAUUGUCUAAUUUGCAGAACAUGUUAAAGAACGUUAAGUGCAUAUGCUCUUCGCAUGCUUAUGUCCUAGUCAAAGAACAGCUUGCUAAGACCAAGGCAGAUUUAGCUCAGUAUCAAUCAAUGUACACGAAAGUACAGGUUGAAAAAGACAAUCUCUCUUGGAAGGAAAAAGAGAUGAGUUUGAAAAAUGACAUACUUGAUGUUUUGCACCAUUCCUCUGCUGUUGCUGAUUCCAGAAUAAAAGAGCUUGAAAUGGAGAUAAAGAAACACAAACAUGAAAGGAAUCUGAUUGAGAUGAGGCUGGAAGAAGCAUCUAGAGAACCCGGCAGGAAAGAAAUCAUUUCUGAAUUCAAAGCGUUGGUUUCUUCAUUUCCAGAAGAAAUGGGUAGUAUGCAGAAUCUAUUAAGCAAAUACAAAGAAACUGCUGCAAAUGUACAUUCUUUGCGUGCUGAUGUUCAGUCUCUUUCCAAUAUUCUUAACCAGAAGGUUAACGAGUUGGAAAAAUUAUCUGCCUUGUCUGCUGCCCAGGAAACUGAAAUGUUGCAGUUGCAGACCGUAGUUCAAGACUUGAAAGAGAGUGAUAUGGAGUUGGAUCUCUUCCUGGAAAUGUUCAGGCGUGAAUCCCCAUUUACCAGGGAUGUUCUUGAAGCUAGGGACUCUGAGUACAAGGCAUGGGCUUCUGUUCAGAAGCUGAAAACUUCUCUUGAUGAGCACAUUUUGGAAUCUCGAGUAAAAACUGCAAUUGAAGCUGAGGCUCAAUCGCAGCAAAAGCUUGCUGCUACUGAAGCUGAGAUUGCUGAGUUGAGACAGAAGUUGGAGGCUUCUAAAAGGGAAAAAUCCAAUUUUUCUGAAUCUUUGAAAUCGAAACACGAAGAGACUGAGGCCUACCUUUCUGAAAUUGAGACUAUUGGGCAGGCCUAUGAUGAUAUGCAAACUCAAAAUCAACAACUUUUGCAGCAAAUCACAGAGAGGGAUGAGUAUAACAUUAAGCUUGUUAUAGAUGGAAUUAAGGCAAGACAACAGCAGGAUUCUUCCAUAUCGGAAAAUCAAUCCCUGGAGAAAACAAUUCAAGAAACCAAUGCACUUUGCAGCUUCUAUGAGCUGAAAACUGCCAAAAUUGAUGACCAGUUAAGAGGAUGCUCAGAGCAAGCCCAAAGACUUGCAGAAGACAGAGUUCAAAAUAGAGCUGCUUUGGAAAGUGCACAGAUGAGACUAAUAGAUGUGAGAAAAGCAUCCCAGCAACAGCGAGAGGCGCUUGAAGAACUGCAGUCCAAGGUGGAUAAAAGUCGAAUUCAUCUGUCUGAUCUGCAGAUAGAUCUAGAGAAAGAAAGAUUUGAAAGGAAAAGGGCAGAAGAGGAAGUAGAAGCCAUUAGGAGAAAGAUUACACGUCUAAGGUCAGAAAUUGAGGGAUCAUCCGUAAUCCAAAAGCAUCGACAGAUGCUAAAGAAAUACAAGGAAAUACUCAACUGUGGUGUAUGCCACGACAGGCGUAAGGAGGUUGUCGUCACAAAAUGCUACCAUCUGUUCUGCAAUCCUUGCGUCCUAAAACUCAUCGAAUCGCGUAAUCGUAAAUGCCCGUUUUGUGCAACCACCUUUACAGCUAAUGAUGUGAAGCCUGUUUACAUAUGAUAGAUAUAGCAUGCUGAAUGUCUUAGGCUUUGCUACAUUGUUUUUAUUUUUUGUCUGGAACAAUACUGAUUUUGUAGGAUCUCUGUCUGUAUUCAGAACCUGUAUACAUAUGAUAGAUGUAUUUGCUUGUUAGCUCAAACUGUACUGCAAGACCACCAACGCUUCUGUCAGGAACUCCUAUCUUC